UGCAGAGCUCGCCACCCCUCCAGUCCCGACCUCCGCCCCCGCUCAAUCGUCCUCAUGGUGUGGGAAUUGCCAGCGACCUGAACACCCUGGCACCCUGUGCUCGGCCCCGAAUAAACGCUGUCGCUGCCGUUGCGGCCCAGUUAUCUUUUCGUUUGGGUUUUAAGUGUUGCUGAGGCGGUAUCGGCCCUCGGUUUGCGUAGACGCCGCCUCUGGCGACAUUUUCCUGCUUAAUCCCCUUUUUGACCUCUGGCCUUGCCCAGUAAAGCCCUCUCUCGCGAGUUUGAGUCACGCCCGCCGCGUCGCCUUCUCGACCGCUGGAGGCAGAGCCCAGAUAGGCCGCGCGCCCUCUCCCUGGUCCUGGGAUUCCGGAGAGGCCGCCCCGCUCCUGAGCCCCCUCCUUCCCAGCCCCUCUGUCCUCGCGUCUCCUGAGGCCGGUCCUUCUGCCCCGCAGCAGCCCCCUUUCCUGUCAGCCCGUCCCCUCACUCCUCAUAGGGUAGGUGACCUGGGCCAGCCAUGUGACAGCCAGUGCUGUUCCAUUCCCAAUUCAACUCGGGGGAAAAGGUGCUCUUCCGGUCCGGGGGCGUCUCGUUCUGUCGCCCACUCAGUAAAUUCAGGAGGCAGGAGGAUCAGGAGAAGCAGAGUCAGAAGGACUGAGAGAAAUAACUGAAACCGAGGAGAAAAGCAUCAGGGAGAACCAAUGGGAAAACUGAGACUGGCUGAGGGACUUGCAAAGGGAUAGUCAAGUCAAAGAGGUUAAGCCUUGAAAAUAGCCAAGUGAGUAAAAUAGAGAAGUAUUAGUAAAUCAGAAAGCCAGAUCUCCAGGGACUGGGAAACAGCAUAGGGAGAACUGCCCUGUCUCAGUGAUGGGAGCGGGGAGGCGAAGGGCGAUGAGGGACGUCAGAGGUGGAGAGUCCCUAACUGGGUUUCAGCCGGGUUUGAGUCCAGGCCUCUUCCGUUAGAGUCCCGAGUUGUGUUUUCACCCGGUUGGAGUCCUGCCACAAGGGUUCAAAACUCAAUCUGAGGUGGCUGGUUUUAUGGUGUAGGCAGAGAAGGGUAGGAGCAGAGGAAGAAAGGGCUGGAAGGUAGCAUAUCCAUUGGCCUGCCAGAGAGUGGGGAGGAAGGGAGAGUCACAGCAAGAGAAGGGGAGUAAUUUGGAGCGCAGAGAGGGAGCCGAAAUGGGGGAAGAAAGAGGCAGACAUAGGUAUGGAUUUUUGAAAGACUCAGGAAGUUUGGAGAGAGAGCAUUUCAAGGGGGAACGAAUUGCAGCAGCCUGGGACAGGACACGUGUGAGGGAGGAAAUAGGACGGGAACAGCAUGAGAGCAGAGGGGGAGAAAAAGAGACACCAAGAACCAGAUGAAAUAGGGAGAUAGGUGAACAGAGGGGUAAGCUCGAUGCAGGUGUGGCCAGUUGUUUGGAUACAGAUGAUUUUUUUAGUUAUACAGAGGAGAAUGAGAAUUUCAAAACUUCUGUCUAUAAGGCUUGUGUCUUUUUUUUUUAUUAGUUGUGGCAGAAGAUGACUUUCAUUUGCAAACCCUGUUGAGCCUGGGGCAGUGGCUUGAUUCACUGAGUUCUCCAGCAGCCAGGGAAUCAACCUGAAGAGAUGAGCGGUGUCGGCAGAGAAUGAUGCAGCCUCUGACUCAAGACCUCUGAAGACUCGUUUUGCCUGAGGAAGCCCUGAAGUUAAGGAAGAGGAAAAAAAAGGAGUGAGGCAUGGCUCUUUCUCAGGAACGACUGACCUCUGAGGAUGUGGCCAUCGAAUUCACUCAGGAGGAGUGGGAAUUCCUGGACCCUGCUCAGAGGGCCUUGUACAGGGACGUGAUGCUGGAGACCUACAGGAACCUGCUCUCCUUGGAUAUCUCUCCUACACAUGUGAUGAAGCAUUUACAACCCAAAGCGAACAGUGAUAAACGCGAAACAUUCCAAACAUUGAUGCUGGGAAGCCCUGAAAGCUGUGAAAUCAAACAUUUUCAUCUUUGGGAAAGUCAGGAAAAUAUGUGUGACUUUGAGUGUCAGGGGAGAGAUGACAAAAGAAAUUACAAAGGCACACCUGUAAGCCUUAAUGGAAAUGUGCCUGAUGGAAGAGAUCUGCAUGAUAGAAAGGAUGCAGAGAUCAAGCCCUUUGGAAAGAGGUUUGGAUUUAAGUCUCAGGAUAAACUGCAGAUAUUUCAAACUGGCAGGAUAAUUUCUGAAUAUAAUCAAGUUAAGAGUUCUGUCAACAACAGUUUCUCAUUUUCACCAGUUCAAAGAAUUCCUCCUUGUGUCCAAACCAGUGUUUCUAAUAUAUAUGGGAAUGGUUUUAUGAAUCCUUCAGGAAUAAAACAAGAACUCAAAGCACAGAGGGAAAAACCUUACAAAUGUGAUGAGUGUGGCAAGGCCUUUCAUGUAAAGUCAGUCCUCUUAAGUCAUCAGACAGUUCAUACUAGAGAGAAACCUUACAAAUGUGUUGAGCAUGGCAAGGCCUUUACUCACAGCUCACACCUCAGAAGACAUAAGAAAAUUCAUACAGGAAAGAAAUUAUUUAAAUGUGAUAUAUGUGACAAAGUCUUCAGCCAAAAUUCAAACCUUGCUCGUCAUCAGAGGGUUCAUACUGGAGAGAAACCUUACAAAUGUGAUGAGUGUGGCAAGGCCUUUUGUGUAAAGUCAGCCCUCUUUACUCAUCAGACAGUUCAUACUGGUGAGAAACCUUACACAUGUGAUGACUGUGGCACGGCCUUUCGUCUAAAGUCAACCCUUUUAAGGCAUCAAACAGUUCACACUGGAGAGAAACCUUACAAAUGUGAGUGUGGCAAGGCCUUUUGUGUAAAGUCAGCCCUUUUAAGUCAUCAGACAGUUCAUACUGGUGAGAAACCUUACAAAUGUGGUGAGUGUGGCGAGGCCUUUCGUCUAAAGUCAAGCCUUUUAAGUCAUCAGACAGUUCAUACUGGAGAGAAACCUUACAAAUGUGAAUGGUGUGGAAAGGCCUUUUGUGUAAAGUCAACCCUUUUAAGGCAUCAGACAGUUCAUACUGGAGAGAAACGUUACAAAUGUGAUGAGUGUGGCAAGGCCUUUCGUCUAAAGUCAAACCUAUUAAGUCAUCAGACAGUUCAUACUGGUGAAAAACAUUACAAAUGUGAUGAGUGUGGCAAGGCUUUUUGUGCAAAGUCUAACCUUUUAAAUCAUCAGACAGUUCAUACUGGUGAGAAACCUUACAAAUGUGAUGAGUGUGGCAAGGCCUUUCCUCUGAAACCAACCCUUUUAAGGCAUCAGACAACAGUUCAUAGUGGAGAGAAACCUUACAAAUGUGAUGAGUGUGGCAAGGCCUUUCCUGUAAAGUCAACCCUUAUAAAGCAUCAGACAAUUCAUACUGGUGAGAAACCUUACAAAUGUGAUGAGUGUGGCAGUGCCUUUCGUCUAAAGAAAAUCCUUUUAAAUCAUCAGGCAAUUCAUACUGGAGAGAAACCUUACAAAUGUGAUGAGUGUGGCAAGGCCUUUCCUGUAAAGUCAACCCUUAUAAAGCAUCAGACAAUUCAUACUGGUGAGAAACCUUACAAAUGUGAUGAGUGUGGCAAUGCCUUUCGUCUAAAGUCAAUCCUUUUAAUGCAUCAGAAAGUUCAUACUGGUGAGAAACCUUACAAAUGUGAUGAGUGUGGAAAAGUCUUUGGUCGAAAACCACAUCUUCAGCGUCACUGGAGAAUUCAUACUGGAGAGAGUCCUUUCAGAUGUAAUGAGUGUGGCAAGUUCUUCAGUCAAAAUUCACAGCUUAAAAAACAUCAGAGAAUACAUAUAGAGAAACCUUUCAAAUGUGAUGAGUGUGGAAAAAUCUUUGGUCAAAAACCACAUCUUGAACAUCACUGGAGAAUUCAUACUGGAGAGAGACCUUUCAGAUGUAAUGAGUGUGGCAAGUUCUUCAGUCGAAAUUCACACCUUAAAAGACAUCGGGGAAUACAUACAGAAAAACCUUUCAAAUGUUUUGAGUGUGGAAAAUCCUUUACUCAGGUCUCAGCACUCACUAAACAUCAGAAAAUCCAUACAUGAGAGAAACUCAUGUGAAUGUGGUAUAUGGUAGAAGUCUUCAAAAUUCAAAGUUCAAAAUUCACACCCUACUGUUGCUCAGAGAAUUCAUCCUACUGAGAAACCAUACAAAUAUCAUGAGUGUGGCAACAUCUUAGGCUUCAUGAGAAAAUUCAUACUGGAUAGAAGGGAGAUAUAAAUGUAUUUAUUAGGUCAUAUAGAACAUGAAUUCAUUCUAGAAGAUUCCUCACCAAUUUCACAGCUGUUUUUUUAAAAAGUAAUAACCCUAUCCUCACAUCUCACCAGUAGUAUCAGAGUAUUUAUCCUGGAGAAAACACACAGCAAUGUAAUGUGCAUGGCAAGGAUCUUACCCAAAAGACACAAGAUAGGAACAUAGUGGAGCCAUACUUCCCAGACUCAGUGGUCGUGGCAAAUCCUUUACCUUUUUCACUGUAUGUAUUCUUUGAUAACUUUAGUUCAGGUACUCAGCAACUGCAGUAGCUCCAUAUUUGAAGAGAAGCUAGAGAUCUUUUCAUGUAAAAGAAACCCAAAUUCUACCUCAGCAAAGAUGAUUCUUUGGGACAAGAAUCUGCCAUCUUUUUGGUCUCCUGGCUUUCUGAAUAAACUCACUAUUCCUUGCCCAACAA